GAGCGCUCGAUCAUCGACUUCUACAGACGACGACAACGACGGCUGAUACCCGCCCAACAUCGUGGACGAUAUGUCCAGCAAAUCUCUCAAGAAAACGGACAAGAAGGCGAACAAAAGCAUCACCGAUUUCUUCACAAGGAGCAGCGUCGCGCCGUCUUCAUCCCCUGUACGAGGUGACAGUCUCUCUGCGCGGGGCAGUGGCGCGCCUUCGUCUUCGUUUUUGCGAUCUUCCGCGUCGAAGGGCAAGGCAAAAGCUGAUCCAAUUCCGUCAACGCCGACAAAAACGCGAAGACGAUCUCCGAGGAAGAAGAACCAGACCAACACCGACGGCCCGAAGCCAGACCAGGAAAUUAUCUCUGUUUCCUCUGGGACGCGAUCCCACAUCUCCAUCAGCAGUGGAACGCAGUCACACGUCACUAUCAGCAGCAGCUCGAGUCACAAUCCAACACGACCUGUCGAGGUCAAGGACGAGGACAAGCCGCGCUCAAAUAUAUGGCCAUCAUCGUCGCUUACCUCCAUGAGUUCAUCGCCAUUCAAAUCGCCUGGUACCCCGCGGCGCUUUGCAUUCGCAGAGUUCACGCGAACCAGUUCCCCCUCGCCCAGGCGGAGCGAGCGGAUCCGCGAACUCUCCCUUACCCCAUCUCGGUCCAAACCGGCCACAGCGUCAUGCCUGCGCACUCCCUCCACUUCGAAUAUACUAGCGACGCCCCGUCGUGGCGUACUGAAGCCACUUUCCCCGAUCAAGCGCAAGAAGAUCUUCGAGAGCGAGAGCGAUUCGGAGAGGGAGGACAAGCCAAAGGAGAUCGUGCGCAUUCGAUCGACGGUCUCUCGUGGCUCAAUCCCUCGAAUCGGAAUCAACACGCCCCCGAUCGCGUCGACGCCGAAGGAAAACGUGUCGAUGAACUCAAGUCGGACGUCCUCCAGCAAAAAGCGUCGCCUCAAUCCGCCGCCUGCUCCAUCGUCGUGUCAUCUGCGCCCUCCGGUCCCGGAUCGCGAUGAGCUGCGCGUCCCGAGCAGUCAAUCUGAUGAGCAAGAGCUUGUAUUUCCGCGAUUCCUACUCAAAGAUCCGGAGGAGGUGAAGCAAAGCGUCGAGCAGUGGAGACUGGAGUCCUCUCAGCCGGAACCCUCGGACGUCGUCCUUCCUUGGCCUGAGCCGGCCGUAGAUGUGGACGCGGAUAUGGACACGGCCAUGGAUCCACCCUUCCUCCCCUUCGACAAUUCAUCAGUUGGCGCCUCGUCAGCUGAGGUCGGCGCUUAUCUGGCCAGGCCUGCGUCACCAGGCGUCUCUUUUGACGCCAUAGACGACUUCGCGCGUGCGACAACGCCCGUCUCGGAGUCCUCUGCUCCAAUCCCGAUGCCUGCAACUCCGGUACAGAUGGACGACGUCACGAAAGCGGCGGAUAUCAUCGCGGGGAUCAAAGCGAAUGCGAUCAAGACGUUCGCGCUCAGUGACUCGAGUGGAAGUCCGCUAGCGAGUUCCUUCGCAUCACCGGCAGGCAGCGAAGCUUCUGUGGAAGUCGACCUGUUCGCUGAGCUCCGAAAUAAACGCAUGUUGCCGCCGAAGGAGGAGGUUACUUCUACUUCCGCCAGCACCGCGCCGCGCUACAAUCUCCGUAAUCGUUCUGCGAAUGGCACUCCUUCCACCGACCCAACCUCUGUCCAUUCUUCGCCGGUUCAGGACGAAGUCACGGCGGAAGUUCCUGCGCGUCGCACUCGUGCCUCUAUCCGGUUGUCCAGAGACGCACUCCCUCAGCCUCCUGUACCCGCCCGCGAUGCGCUCGCUAAGACACGAGCGAAACCGCGUGUUUCCAAUCCGCUGGAUGCGCUGAUCAGGGAGAAGAAGGCCGCCGAUUCCAAGGGCAAAGGGCAGGAUGCCCGUCUCCGAGCCGCCAUCUUUGCGGACGACGGUGAGGGAAGUGAAGGUCAAGAGGGAGAGGGGGGACCGAGCGAUCACAACGCAGCACUAGAAGCGGCGAAGAAGUGGUCCACGAUGCAGUGGGACGAUGAUGACGUGUCGCCCCCAGCGAAGACGCGCGGCGCGGAGCGCAAUCAUGUGCGAGACGAGGACGAGGGCGAAGAUGAGCAACAUGCGUCGGGGUCACGUAAGGUCGAUAUCAUCCAGAAAAUGCUCUCGGAAGAUCAGCAAGAGACCUUGCGGCAGCAGCAAGAACCCAACGAUUCAGACGACGCAUUGACGUCCAUUUGGCAAGAUGAAUUCCUCGUAGACCCUAAUUCUACCCAGCACGGACUUCCUCGUCUGUCCGGCUGCGAUGAUUGCACGUCACCGCUUCUCCGAUCGCUUUCGCAGGCUACAGUAGAUGGAGAGACAGCGAAGGUAGAAGCUCUCCUCAGAUCGGGGCUUGUCGUUUCUGCUGUGGAUGGCCCGGGUCCCGCUAGAUGCGUCUUCCAAUGGCUGCUCAGGCUCGCCUUAUAUUCCCCUCGGCACCCUCUCAGUGAUCUCGCUUUCGACAACUUGAAAGCUCUUGCUACUGUUCGGGAUCAGCUGUGUUUCAGGUCCCAGGAUCUGCUUACAUUGGCGGUACAUCUGGGCUUGAAAAAAUCUGUAAUGGAAGAGAUGGGUUGGGAGUGUGCUCCGUGUCAUGAGAUCGGUGCACAAGUGAAAGACGUGACCACCCGGACGGAGGCUUUACGUCGGCUGACGUCCAUUGUCUCAAUAUAUGCAAAAAAUGGAUGCAUCGAAGCAGGGGACGUUCCCAACAUGGUAUCCAUGCUCGCAUCAAUUGCAUUAGAUUGCCACUCGACAGCUCACCUUCGCCUUCAACUAACUGACUGUAUCGAGCAAGUCUGCGCGUGCUUGCCUUUACAGCCAGAAGCGCGAUCACUGCUGAUUAUCCACGCCGCAAGGAUGCUUACGCAGCUCGCCAACAAAUUCAAACUGUCUCCUAGGCGCAAAGUCGAAUUGCUCUCCGUCUUGCCGAUUACGACUGCCGGUGGCGGCAGAAUCGCAAGGUGGACGGCGCAUGCUUUCCUGCUUGGUUCUCUGCCUGAGCCGAUGGAGGCUCGUCUGCCAGAACUGAUGCCUUUGGUCGAGUUACUCAUCCCGUCGUUUGGCACGGACAGUGUUUUCAAGCUGGACCAGCAGACCAAUUACGAGACUCUCAACUGCUUCGUCAAUAUUCUAUCUGUUGCUUUGACCGGACUUGAGGAAUACAUGGAUCAAGAAAGGCAGAUAAUUGCUCAUGGGGAGUCUGCGCCUUCUGGCGGCGCCAACAACACAUCGAUCCCUACUCCUCUACAAUCCGUCAGAGACGCGUUGAUGAAGGUGCAUUCCAAGAUAGCGGAUACUAGGGCCGCGCACCUCGAUCGAUCUCGGGUUAAAUCAGCGCUUCAACGGUUGGCAAUGCGCGUGUACUUCCAGAGAGAUUGGGCGUUGCAGUCCGGUCCUGGCUCGCGCAAAGGGAAGACCUUGAAAGAUUUCUUGAGUACAGCCGCCGGGCCUCAAGCCGACACAUGAAUGAUCGCCGUGCUUCUGACGCAGAUAACUUAUUGAAACGGCAUAAUAGAUGGGAAUAUCAU